AUGCUUAUCCCUGCACCAGCAAUAUUGCCAGAGAUUCAGCCAUCUGAGCCAAAAACCAGCCAACCGACAACUACAGCACCAAUAAACGCAAACACAACCACAACUGAGAAACUAAGCGCAUUGACUAUGCAGGCGUUUCCAGAUCUAGUCUUAGCAGAUAAAAGGUUCUAUGUCAACGAACAAGUAGAUCUUAUACUUGGCGGGGAUAUUUAUCCGCAAAUUAUUUUGAGUGGCUUGAAGAAAAAUGUUCUUAGUACACUUCUCGCCCAAGAAACUGUGUUCGGUUGGAUAUUAACCGGUCGCACUGACGCACAAAAUCCAACCAACAAUAUAGUUUCCUAUUUUAGCGAAGUGGCCUUGGACAAGCAGCUUACUGCUUUCUGGGAAGUUGAGGAUUUGCCGAAGAACCAAAAUCUUAGUGAAGAGGACAAAUACUGUGAGAAACUAUAUAAGAAAACCACUCAGCGAUCCGAAGAUGGGAAAUAUAUAGUUUCACAACCUUUGAAGCAGGAUUUCCCAAUAAAUAUCAGCCUAGGACCCUCUCUUAAAAGGGCAUGCUCACAAUUCUUCCGGAAUGAGACGCGACUUGCCAAGGAUCCCGUCCUACAAAAAGAAUAUAGUAGGGUCCUAGCGGAAUACGAGUCGUUGGGUCAUAUGUCACAAAUACUAAAUAAUAUCCCAGCAGAUUCCUCCGACAACUAUUUCUUGCCACAUCACGCGGUCAUAAAGGCAGAGAGCACCUCAACAAAAGCGCGCGUCGUUUUUAAUGCCUCAAGUCCGACGGCAAAUGGCACCAGCCUCAACGAUCAACAUCGGGAAGAUGUACCGGCAAAUUAUGGUGAAUGA